CUAUCACAGACAUAUAAUUGAAAAAUGGCCGAAACUGUAUCUCGUGAAUAUACCAUCAAUCUCCACAAGAGACUCUAUGGCACUACCUUCAAGGAUAGAGCCCCAAAAGCCGUUAAACAAAUCAAACUUUUCGCUCAAAAAGUUAUGGGUACCAAAGAUGUCCGUAUCGAUAACAAAUUAAACAGAUUCCUCUGGAGCCAAGGUAUCAAAAACGUCCCACACCGUGUCCGUGUUGUCUUAACCAAAAAGAGAAACGAAGACGAAAACGCUGAAGAAAAAUUAUACACCGUUGCCAGUUUAGUCAUCGUCAAGAGCUUCAAAGGUUUACAAACCAAAGUUGUUCAAAACUAAAUAAACAUAUAGUUUCGCAAU